AUGUGGUUCCGCCUCGGCAAGCGCCAGACGAUCCUGCACUUCUUCAUCACAAUCACUCUCUUCACCGGCGCCUACUCGAUAAUCGUGACGCCCGAAUCCCACGGUGGGCAUGUGAUCCCGCUUGUGAUCAUGUCGUUCACAGCCGCGAACUCCCUGACGGUUCUCGUUACGUCCUUCCGCUCGGGCACGCGACCCAAGCCGAAGCCCAAGCCCAAGCCCGAGAACCUCAAGACCAUCUACCGGCGGACGCUGGACCCGUUGGCUGCCGGGCCGGCAAAGCCCUACCCGUUCGGCACGCUGAUGGAGCAGAUGGCGGAGGUGCGGCGGCGGGCUGUCGUCGCGCGGGAGAAGGCCGCCGCAAUGGGCGCACGGGUCGGUGCGGAAGUCAGGAGACGCACGAUCUUGUUCCAGCCCGAGGAGGGCGGGACACUGCCGCGGUGGCGGGACAGUCUCGCGCCGAAGGUCCUAAGGAAGACGUGGGCCCCAGGCGCGUUUACGUGGUGGGGGGCGGAGGCGAGAAGGGUGGAGGAAGGGGAUGCGGGGUUCGGAGGGCAGCGCGGGAUAGAGCUCGGAUCGUGGUCGAGCGCGCCGAGUUUGGCAGGGACGGCGGGGACGAGAGAGCGCGCGGGUUCGGAUGCGACGGGAAAUGGGAGUAAUCCGUUUACGUUUACGGAGCGGGAGAGGAAGAGGUAUCGCGAAAGCCAGUUCAGCGUGGGAAGCGAUACCGAGAGUCGUACGCCGACUCCGACGCCGACGGGGCCGGUUCCGCAUAAUACUUUCGCGGACUUGCCGCUCGACAACAAUGGUUUCACUGAUAUCCCACUCGAAAGCAGGCCUGCGAGUCCCGCAAGAAGCUACAACCCUUUCACGGAUGUGCCACUCGAUAAGAGACCCGCGAGCCCGACAGGCAACUAUGGACCAUAUGCCAGAGGAGCUUCGAGUCACACAGGAAGAUAUGGACCAUCCGAGAGUAGGUCCCCAAGCCCCACCGGAAGUUACGUGCCGAUCGUGCGCCCCUAUCGGCCAGGCGAGGUGAGGAGGGAUCCCAAGACUGGGAGGGAGUUUUUGGUUGUUUGA